AUUCCAGUGACAAUAAAUAUAUCCCUUCGAUCAUCCAUCGACUAUAAGAACCCGAUGCCAUCACACAUUGAUUGUCUCCAAGAACCUCUGGUCUCUAACACUGAAUUGAAAUGAAAGUCUAUCUACCUCUCCUAGCCGUGGCUGCUCUGGCUGCCGUCGCUACAGCUGCCGAACCUGGUCAAUGCGAUUGUGAUGAUGAUGAUACUGGAUGCCUGGAAGACUGUGUGACUUCUACCAACACAUGUCUCGCCGAUUGUGGAGCAGACAAUACCUGUUAUACCGAUUGUUUUGUAGGAUGGCCAGGUGCUAACAAUGCACCACAAAAUUUCCCACAGCAAGAUGGAGCCUCUACCAAUUCGUCUUCCUCCGGUCUCCCUGGCCAAUCCGUUCCUCCUAUGGCCACAAACAUGUCGGGAAGUAGCAUGAUGCCAUCGGCAACUUGGAGUGGAAGCAUGCGCAUGAGCCCGUCUUCAUCCAUGCCCUUUGGUAUGCCUUCGGCAGGAGCUGCAGGCAAUAAUCAACGCUGGAAUCAGCCCAUGAAUACUGCUGACAAGACACAUGUGAAGUACGCUGGCGCUGCGGCUGCCGUCUUCGCAGCGGGCAUGAUUCUCUUGGCUUAAACAUCGAG